AUGGUGAGCAAAAACCUAUCUAAUCAAGAUAGAAACAAAAUAGUGCAGUUUCUUUUAGCCAAUUUGAAGAAUGGCAAGCCUAGAUAUGGAGUCAUGAAGGAGGCUGCCACAAUCUUCAAUUCCUCCCAACGCAACAUUACUCGUCUUUGGGCAGCUGCGAAGAAACAAAAAGAAAGUGGUCAGCAAAUAUAUCUAUCAAGUGCGAAACCAGGAGCAGCUAGAAGAAAAAGAGUUACUGUCGAUAUAGAGCUAAUUCAAAGCCUAGAGCUACACAAAAGAUCAACUAUUCGACGACUUGCAGUGGGGAUUAAUCAAAGCAAAAGCACCGUUUGGAGGUGGGUAAACAAGGGGCUGAUCAGAGCGCAUUCAAGCGCUAUUAAGCCUGAUCUCACAGCCCCAAACAAGUUGCUGCGACUACGCUUUUCAUUAGAGGCGUUGGAAUUUGAUCGCAUUAUGUUGGCUUUGAAGUUUAAGGCUAUGGACAACACCAUUCACAUAGAUGAAAAGUGGUUCUACAUCACAAAGACAGCACAUCGAUUCUACCUAACACCGGCUGAGGGAGAUCCUCACCGCACAUGCAAGAGCAAGAGUUUCAUAAAGAAGGUAAUGUUCGUGUGUGCCGUUUGUAGGCCAAUAUUUUCAGAUGCGGGGGAAUGCUUAUUUGAUGGGAAGAUUGGAAUCUUUCCAUUGACGGAACAAGUUCCUGCCAAGAGGAACAGCAAGAACAGACCCGCCGGCACAAUGGAAACGAAACCUAUUCAGUCCAUCACCAUGCAGGUGAUGAAAGAGUGCUUCAUAAACAAGCUAGUUCCAGCCAUAAUUGCAAAAUGCCCAUCGCUCUCCGUCGAGUCCGGUGGAGAUUCUGGAGAGGCCGAGGGGUCCUUGGAGGUUGCGACAGGUUCAAAUCCGCCCGGGGAGCUUUGGAUCUGA